GCCUGGACGGUUGACAACCCUGCUUCUUCUUCCCCAACACUCCACCCGUCGUCCUCCCAAUCUCGCGGCGCCAUGGAUUUCCACCGCCACCUCUUCCUCGCCGCCGCGGUCGCGCUCCUACUCGCCGACGGAUUUGUCCCCGCCACCGCGGCGAGCCUGGGCGCCGGCGGCUUCGACCCCUCCCGCGUGGUCCAGCUGUCGUGGCGUCCCAGGGCGUUCCUGCACAAGGGGUUCCUGACGGAUGCCGAGUGCGACCACCUGAUCGCGCUGGCCAAGGACAAGCUGGAGAAGUCGAUGGUGGCGGACAACGAGUCCGGGAAGAGCGUCCAGAGCGAGGUGCGCACCAGCUCCGGCAUGUUCCUCGAGAAGAAGCAGGAUGAAGUGGUAAAGAGAAUAGAAGAGAGGAUAUCUGCUUGGACAUUUCUUCCACCAGAGAAUGGUGAAUCCAUUCAGAUAUUACACUACCAGAACGGUGAGAAGUAUGAGCCCCACUAUGACUACUUCCAUGACAGAAAUAAUCAAGCCCUUGGGGGCCACCGCAUUGCUACUGUGCUUAUGUACCUAUCAAAUAUUGAGAAGGGCGGAGAGACUAUAUUCCCCAAUGCAGAGGGGAAGCUAUUACAACCCAAGGACGACACCUGGUCUGAGUGUGCAAGAAAUGGAUAUGCAGUUAAACCGGUAAAGGGUGACGCCCUUCUGUUCUUCAGUCUCCACCCUGAUGCAACAACAGAUUCCGACAGCUUGCACGGGAGCUGCCCCGUCAUCGAAGGCGAGAAGUGGUCUGCUACUAAAUGGAUCCAUGUGAGGUCGUUUGACCUCCCUGUCAAGCAGUCAGGUUCGUCUGACGGAUGUGAGGACGACAAUGUUCUCUGCCCCCAGUGGGCGGCCGUGGGUGAGUGCGCGAAGAACCCUAACUACAUGGUAGGGACCAAGGAAGCACCUGGCUUCUGCCGGAAGAGCUGCAAAGUAUGCGCAGAGUAAGCCAUUAAUCCGCUGCAUGUUAUGUAGUUGUCCCAAUUCCCGGGUGUAGAUAGGACUGAGCAUAGCAUGGACCUGGAAGAAGGAAAUGUAAGAGAGGCAGAGAGCUAUCUGUUAUCACCUAUGCAGGCCAGGAAAUCAACAGCUAGAACACUUAUUUAUGUUUUGUCCAAACUUCAAAUACCCUCUUCAGUUGAGCAAUCCAAUCAAUGGCAAUCGAUAGAGCAAUCUUGUUUCCUUCAA